CUUCGCUAUGAUUGGCAGACAGUGCAAUUAUUUUGAAGAAAGUCAAAGAUCAUUUCAGUUAAUUGGAAAAACAAGUUUAUAAAUGGACUUAACUCAUGAACACCUCUCUUAACUCCACGGCAUUUGCCUCUUGACUACUUCAAAGCUAGAGGCUGAGAAGAAUAGCAGAAGCAAAAACAUGGCGGAGGCAGAGCCCAGUUUCAGAGACCCGAGAUGGUCUCUCAAGGGCAAGACCGCCCUUGUCACCGGUGGAACCAAAGGCAUUGGAUAUGCCAUAGUAGAAGAGCUGGCUGGACUUGGGGCGGAAGUUCAUACUUGUUCCCGUAACCAAACAGAGCUCAAUGAGAGAGUAAGAGAAUGGGAACUUAAAGGGUUCAAAGUAACAAGUUCAGUUUGUGACCUCACCUCCAGAUCCCAGAGGGAGAAGCUCAUCGAGACUGUAUCCUCUGUUUUUGGUGGCAGGCUCGACAUCUUUGUAAACAAUGCUGCAGCAUGGAUGCUCAAAGACGCUAUACAGCAUACUCUAGAAGAUUACUCGGCUGUAAUGGGUGCCAACGUUGAGUCUCCCUACCAUCUUUGCCAACUUUCACACCCACUUCUGAAAGCAUCAGGAGCUGGAAGUAUUGUGUUCGUAUCCUCCAUCGCUGGUGUCAUAGCUCUACCUAAAGUUUCAGGCUAUGCAGCAUCCAAAGGAGCAAUCAACCAAUUAACAAAGAACUUGGCUUGUGAAUGGGCAAAGGACCAUAUUCGCUCGAACGCUGUUGCACCGUGGGCAGUCAGGACCCGGGAUAUACCCCCUGAUGCUCUUCGUUCUGCUGGAUAUGAAAACACAAUUUCUCGAACUCCUCUUGGUCGUCUAGCAGAGCCAAAUGAGGUCUCAACAGUGGUGGCGUUCCUUUGCCUUCCUGCUGCUUCAUACGUCACCGGCCAAGUAAUUUGUGUCGAUGGAGGAUACACCGUGACUGGUUUCUAGCGAUCGAACUCAUUAAUGUAUGUAUGCAUUCUCAACCUGCAGCAAGCUUUUACUUGCUUUGCAAUGCUGGCAUCCUCGAUCGUGUUAAAGUAAUAAUAAGUUGCUCGUACGUAGUAGUCUAUACUGCAAAAAACAUGGGCAAACAAGCAAUAAUUAUUGGUGAUUUUUAUGUUGUUGUAAUUAAGACUAAUAAGCCACUUAUAAACAUUCUUUGUUGAAUGUCAUGUAUGGCUUUCAGUUCAUUUAAA